AAGGAGAUAAAUCGGAACAGACUCCAUCAAAUAAAACCCACCGACAUCCUGCCCUGCCGCCGUAACGUAAAAGGGAGGCGGAGGGAAAGAGAAAAGGGAAAACCCAACUCGCCUCGUCCAGUACCGUUGCUCUCUCACUCGUCUCCUCCGGCCGCCAUACAAUUUCUUGUGCAAGCGCGGUCUUCUCGAUCCAAUGACGCUUCCAAAGGAUAUACCUGGUUUCUACUAUGAUUCUGAGAAAAAUCGUUAUUUUCCUACUAAAGGCCCGAUUCCGGGCUCAAAGCGUCCGCCUUCUGCGUCAGCCGCGUCUUCUUUGGCAAAGCGAGCUGCGAAUGGGAAGCUCUCUAGUCCAGACCAGGACUAUCUAAUCCACAAAUCAUGCAAAAGAAAACACUUAAAAUCAUCUGUGCUACUUCAAUUCAGAGAAUUGCAUGGUAGAUCCAUCUUUUCCAAUAGACAUCGAUGCAACUUUGAACAAGAGUAUCAGAAGUUGCAAGCUUCCCGUGCGAAGAUAUGGAGGUAUUCUGACUCAGCUGGUGUAUCUGGUAGUGCAUUGGAACAAUUGUCUGGCAUUGUUCAAACACCAAUAGGGUUGGAGCAAAAGAAUAUUUUGCCAGUUGGCUGUAGGAAUGGAUAUCUUUGUUUGUAUGAUGUUUCAACUAGUACCCAUAGUUUGGAUUAUUCAUCUGAGUGCACGCCAGAGUUCAUUUGGCCAUCUAGUGAAAAACAAAUUCAACAGGAUUCUGCAAUUGCUAGUUUAUGGCAUCUUAUAUCUCCAUUUCCAAUUUUGUCAUCUACAAUUAUCAGCAUAAAAAGGUUGAGAAGGAACUGUCCAGAUGGGGCUGAGAGUGUCCCUUCCUUUAAUGCUUUGUUGAGCACCUUUGGAUCAGAAGCGAUUGGUGGUUCUGUUUGUAUUCUAAAACUAGAUCAACCUAUCGAUCAACAUUAUCCUAGCCUUUGUAGCCAGAUCGUACAACUUGUGUCAUUGGAUCGCACCACUAUAUGGACAUCUGAUUGUAAUCCACAAGGGACACAAGCAGUGAUUGGUUCCAAUCGUGGAUCUGGUUUGAUAGACUUGGAAUCAAGAAAAGUAUCAUGGUUAUACCAUAAUGGAAGUGAUGCCUUGUCGCAGCAGUUUGUUCAUCCGGGAAACAUUGUUUUAUCUGGACAUAGAAAUGGAGUAAUUAGUUCAAUUGAUAUCCGGCAAAAGCAAUCACGAAUUCCUGAACAUGCAUUUGGGUAUCCUAGAAGGUUGAAUUUUGACACAAAAUUUCGUGGUCAUCCAUUCAGAAAUGAGAAAAGCACUGGCAACCAAAAAUAUAAGUCAGGUAGAAAUUUGAACUCAUCUGAUGUUGUCUACAUGCCCAAAGCUGUUUGCAGUCUGGUGGCACUUCAAUCAGAUGAUCAAUAUUUCCUGGCAAGCUCCUUGGACGGAUCUGUGAGUUUUUGUAUUCAUUAUUUUUUCAUAAAAAAAUAUGUGAAUAUAUUUGCUGCAACUGUUCUUGAUUCAUGGUUACUUCUAACCAUUAUAUUGUUCUUUUGGUCCAUUCUUUUUUUACCAAUACAGAUAAACCUCUAUGACCGCCGCCUACUUAAAAAAGGAGCCGUUCAAUCCUAUGCAGGACAUGUGAAUUCUUACACUCAUUUGCAACUUGGCGUGAACCCAUCUGAAACACUAGUUGUCUCAGGUGCAUUUCAUUUUAGUUUGGUUAUUGGUGCAUAUUUUAAUGCCCUUGUUAGCAGAUCAGUCUCUAAGAAAUCCAUACCAGGUGGGGAGGAUUGCUUUUUGCGUAUUUGGAGCAUCAAGAGCGGCGAACUAGUAUUCGGAGAAAAAGUAUCAAAUUCCAAACUUACAUCCAUUUGCUGGCCGAAAACUCUGACAUGCUUCACCGAGGAUUCCUGUAUGUCCAACCAUAGCUUGGGUGCAUGGCUGGGAUCACCUGACGGGCUAUUUUACAUGCAUGGCUCUUGAUCUAGCUAAGAGAGUGUAGGUAACACUUCUGUUUGAAGAAAAAUAAAUAAAGCACCUGUAACUUAUAACCAUUAAAUUUAGCUGACAUACCUAUUCAAGACAUUGCUCGAGGCGACUUGCUGCUGUUAAAGUUGGUUUCCCCAAGCCACCUUGCUUUUCCCCACUAAUUUGAUUAGGUUUCUUUGUUCCUAGGCUUACAUGUAAAUUAUACUGAUUAACAGUUCCUUAUGUAUGAGCUUUCGAGAAUGAGAAAUUUUGUAUAAUUAUGCCAUGUUUGUAUGAGAGCUUGUGAUGUAAAUGUAUUUAUGAGUAACUCAAUGAGAAGGUCUUCACUAGGAAUCCGUCACACCUA